AUGGCAAACAUCAAGCCUUGUUUUUCUUCUUCUCGUGAAAUGCUUGUUUCGAGCAUGUUGAACAUCAGAACUGAGCACAAAGAAGCAUCUUGGACAAGGCUUGUGAGCUUCUCUAACAUCUCCUCACCGUCAUCGCCUCAACCUGAAACGCAAGAAGCCGAAAGAAAAACCCUCAUACAGCAAACAAUAAGACAAACGUUUCAAAGCAUGACACAUUUGGCUAACCUAUUAUCCCCCGGCACCGUCCUCGUUUUCCAACUCCUCUCUCCGAUCUUCACCAGCCAAGGCGACUGCGACUACGUUGGACUGUUGAUGACGGCGGUCCUCGUGUUCCUUUGCGGCCUGUCGUGUUUCGUGUCGAGCUUCACUGAUAGUUUCAGAAACAAGGAUGGCAAUGUGUGUUACGGGUUGGACACGCUUAAGAGUUUGUGGGUUACCGAUGGUUCGGCCACGCUCCCGCCGGAAUCCGCCGCGAAAUAUAAGCUGCGGUUCAUCGACUUCGUCCGUGCUUGCUUGUCUGUACUGGUGUUUGCAGCUAUGGCAUUGUUUGAUGAGAAUGUGGUGAGUUUCCUUUACCCGACGCCGUCGAGUCAUGCACGAGAGAUCCUCACGGCGUUGCCAGUUGGGAUUGAGGUUUUGGGGAGUAUGUUGUUUGUUGUUUUUCCGACUACUCGCCAUGGUAUUGGGUUUCCCUUGUCUGCCAAUUAA